AUGCAGUCAAAGUUUUGGGGAGAUGAUUCUGAUGAUUCCUACUCUGACUCUUCAGAGUACUCCAGUAAGUCAGACGAUAAGGAUAAUAGACACGGAGUUGAUGCAAAUAAGUGGACUCUGGAUAGCUCAGAUGACGAAGGAGAGUCAAGGAUCGUAAAGUCAGCAAAGGCUAAGGCACUAGAAACCAUCCAAAACCAUGUUAAGACAAUUGAACACUUGAAGAAGAUUAAUGAUUACUCAGAGUUGUUAAAGGAUUAUGAUAUUCUGGCAAAGUUUGUAGAAAAACAAUAUUCAUCAACGAGAUUGCCUAAGCUUGUAGUUAAGUUGAUAGUGGAGUUGUCCCAGUUUAUGGAAGCCCAGCAAAAGGAUAAGGAGAGUUAUAAGAAGUUAUCGAAAGCAAAAACGAUCUCCUUUAACACUCUAAGGUCAAGACUUAGAAAGUUUAAUGAGCAACACUCUGAAAUUAUAGAGGAAUAUAACAAGGACCCAGAUAAUUUCUAUGAUGUGCUGCAGCAGUCUGAAGACGAAGAGGAAGAAUCAACUGAAUCCAGCUAUUCUGAGUGGGAUGAGGAUGAAGAAGAGGAGGAGGAAGAGGUUGAGGCGGCAGAAGAAAAGUCACCCAGAUCUGGGGAUACGAGCGGGUGGUCAGACUCAGGUUCCCAUCCUGCGUCAGAAGCUGAGGAUGGAGAUAAACACAACAAGGCGAUGGAUAAGUGGGGAGUAAAGAAGAGUGAACCGAGAGCUGAGAUGGCUGAGAAGACCAAGAAAACGAAAUCGAAGACCAAAAAGCGUGAGGUCCUUGAGAAACCAACCCCAAUAACAAGUAUUAGCAAGUUUUCAGCAGUUACAGCAGCGUCAGACGCACUAGUCGAAUACUUCAAGGAGGUUAAGCUUGGAAAUGAUGAUAACCCGUUCUCAGUAAUGAUUCCUGAAGUACAGGAAAUGCUAAAUACAGUUCACUUGAGCGAGGAGGCACUCAGACUGUUUGUAAAGUCAAUAAUUGAGAAGAGAGGAAAGAGAGGAACAAACAACUUUGAAAAUCUAAAGAUACUCCAGUCAUUGCCGUACAUUGCAAAAACCAUCUCGCAAUCACUGUAUCUAGAAGUUUUGGAAACGCUGGUACACGUACUCUUUGAUACCUAUUCACACGCAUAUGGAGCAAUGACACCAACAGAGUGGAUUAACACGUAUAGAAUUGCUUCACACCUAGUCUCAGAACUUAUUAGUAACCCUAAGUCAUAUUUAUCAUCGGAAAUGGUCAAUUCUGCCCAAAACAAUACAAUGGAUGAAGCUGAAAAGGUUAAUAAUGAUAAAGUAAAAGCAUUUGAUGAUAGAGUUAAAACAUCAUUAGGUGUAUUGUCAACAAUAGUGCAAAAGUUGAAUGAUGAGUUAUAUAAAGGUUUAUUGUAUACAGAAGUGCAUAACCCAGAUUAUAAGACGAUGCUGGCAUAUACAAUUGAUAUGUUAUAUUUAUUACACAGGACACUUGUAUAUUACCUAAAAUUUGAAAAGGGUAAUGAAUUUGCAGCGUCGACAGCCCUGAUGAUCCUGGACCACUGCCACUACAAAGAUGACGAAAUCUCAGCGAAAAUCUGGGAACUCGUGAGGAACAAAAUUAAGGACAAGAAACAAACUGAAAAGUUCUUCCCAAACGAGAAUAAGAAACCAAGCGAUCUAGUGACAGAGCUUGUAAACUUUGUAUUCGUGUAUGGAACACAAAGAGAUAAGAUAAGAGCAUGUCUUCAUUUAGCAUAUAACAAGUCAUUGCACGGCCACUACUACGAGGCAAAGGAUCUUUUGGCAGCAUCAAACCUGACAGAAGUGGCAAGCGAAACUGACAUUUCAACCCAGAUUUUAGUUAACCGAAACCUUGCCCAGCUUGGAAUCUGCGCAUUCAGAGCAGGCUUAAUCAGUGAAGCCCACUCCUACCUAAUGGAUAUGUGUUUGCAAAACAGACACAAAGAACUGUUGGCACAAGGUUUAUCUAAUGUUAAGAAUAUGGAAAAGACUCCAGAACAGGAACGUGCAGAGAAGAGGAGACUUUUGCCCUAUCAUAUGCACAUUAGCAUUGAGCUGAUAGAGUCUGUGAAUUACAUCUGUGCCUUGCUGUUGGAAUCUGCAAACUACGCAAGAUACCCACUAAAGGCUAAAGAAGUCAUUUCAAGACAGUUUAGAAGAAUGUAUGACGCAUAUGAAAGGCAAGUGUUUGUAGGGCCUCCAGAGAGUAACAGAGAAGUAAUUUUAACUGCGUUCAAACACUUGCAAAACGGCGACUGGAAGAAAUGUUACAACUUUAUCUUGUCACUGAACACCUGGAAUAACAUGCCUGAUAGGGAAAAGGUACAAGAAACAUUGAAGGAGCUGAUCAAGGUGGAGGGGUUUAGAACAUACAUCUUCAAGUACGUGAACAUCUACGACUCGUUCUCAGUUGAGCAACUCUCGUCGAUGUUUAGCCUUGACGAGAAUGUGGUGCACUCACUCAUCAGCAAGAUGAUUGUGAACGGAGAAAUACUCGGGAGCUGGGACUACAGCAGCAAGUGCUGCCUCAUAAACCACAGCGAACCCACGGAGCUCCAGAAACUCGCAGUCAAGCUCGCAGAGAACCUCUCGACCGCAGUUGAGCAGAACGAGCUGACUCUGAACAUGAAGAACUCAAAGUUCGCGCUGUCUCAGGACAGACGUUUCCAGCAACGAGACACUCGCUACAACUACGGCUCACGCCACGACGAUGGCAGGAUCUCCACCUUUAACUUUAACCGAAACCGCAGAUUCAUGCAACAGCCUAGACAAACGAAACAAUUCCCUGUGCCCACAAGAUAA